AUGGGUGCUGUGGACAGGGAUGAUGUGGUGGUGGACGAGAGGUUGAGAGUGAAAGGCGUCCGUAAUCUACGAGUAAUCGACUCAUCAGUAUAUCCGACGGUUAUUAACGCCAAUACCAAUGCGGCCGCAAUGGUGGCCGGGGAGAAGGGGGCGGCACUUGUGUUGGAGGAUCAUCAUCAAGACUUGUUCAAAAUACUAUUACUGUACUGCAAAAUGGUUGAAGUAUCGACCCUAACAUAUACGAUCUUGAUGCUCUCAUGGAUUACUACACGACAAAUAAGACACGACAGGACGGCUUCACGUGAGACGUGGGAUAAUAGUUAUGACUUUGUGGUUGUGGGCACCGGUAGUGCCGGUGCUAUAGUGGCCUGUCGUCUGUCACACGAGGGAUACAGUGUUUUACUUCUGGAGGCGGGUGGGGCUCAGGACGCUGUGCUCACCGACACUCCGGGACUAGUCUUUCAUUCGCUCUUAGAUUCAAAAAAUCUUUGUAUAUAUUCUAACGAAAAGCAGCCAGAGUUGGGUCAGGCGUUCAUUAACGGACAGACCUCUGAAUUCAAGGGAAAGGUAUUGGGCGGCGGGUCUACCGUUAAUAACAUGAUAUACAACAGAGGGAACCGUAAGUAUUACGACAGUAUUGCUCGUGAUUUCGGUGCCAACGGUUGGAGUUUUGAACAAUUGUUGCCGUAUUUCAAGAAAUCUGAGAAUAAUACCGACCCUAAUGUCGAUCCCAUAUAUCACGGCCGCAGUGGACCGUUAGGUGUGUCCACACCACCAAAUCCCGAGCCAUUGCUACUAAAAUGGCAGCAAUCACUGCAUGAGUUGGGAUACCCUAUAAUUGACGCGAAUGGGCCGACACAGUACGGCACGAGUAUUAUGCAGUCGACUAUUAGGGAUGGACUGAGACAGUCCACUGCCAACUCAUACUUGGAGUCUAAUAUAUGCCCUCAACUCAAUAUAUUAACAAGGGCAUUUGUCACUAAAGUGCUUAUUGAGGGUCAGCCAAAUGCAGUCGGAGUGGAGUUCACAAAAGGGAACCGAGAAUAUCGUGUUCAGGCAACUAAAGAGACUAUUUUAUCAGCAGGUCCAUUUAAUUCUCCGCACAUUUUAAUGCUGUCAGGCAUUGGGCACCGGGAUCAUUUAGAAAAAUUCGAAAUAUCGCCAAUUUGGUCUGACCUACCCGUCGGUGAUAACCUACAAAACCACGUAAUACUUAUAAUAUCAAUGCCUGUUAGAAACGGUAGUCUAUUGUUACCCGGACCUCAGCCUAAUGUCCAGCAAUUAUAUGACUCCAUAGUGAGCCAUACCGGGCCACUCGCAACCUCGCCGUUAUCUUGUUUACAUUUUAACUCCAGUGUAAACUCGGACUGGACUUACCCGGACAUUAAUUUACAUGCUGCUACUGUUCCUGCUUAUGGACUGGGAUAUGAAAAUAUAUUUUAUUUGGCCAAACGUCCGGAGGAAUGGCGUCCAUAUAUGGAUACCGUUAUAAUGAAUGCCAACCUGGCAGUGGCACCGGUACUAUUCAGCCCUAAAAGCACGGGUUAUAUUAGACUAAAAUCACGUGACCCGAUGACAUUCCCCAUAAUCCAGCAAAACUUGUUGAGACACCCGGACGAUAGGCAGGCAUUUUUGGACGCCAUUUCCUACGCCUUCUAUGUGGUCGAGGAGACCUCCAUUUCAGAGCACGUGUACGUAAACCCCGAACCAAUACCCGGCUGUCAGUACUGUCCAGACAUACCGGUGUGGAAGUGCUCGUCGUACCACAAAUGUUUAAUACAACAAAUAGCUACAGCUUUUUUACAUCCAGUGGGCACCUGUCGUAUGGGUGCUGUGGACAGGGAUGAUGUGGUGGUGGACGAGAGGUUGAGAGUGAAAGGCGUCCGUAAUUUGCGAGUAAUCGACUCAUCAGUAUAUCCGACGGUUAUUAACGCCAAUACUAAUGCGGCCGCAAUGGUGGCCGGGGAGAAGGGGGCGGCACUUGUGUUGGAGGAUCAUCAUCAAGGUUAUAGUGAUAACAAAAUUCGUGAUUAGU